AAAUGUCCUGAAGAUGUGGGAAAACUUGUGCAGGAAACUUCACCACACCAGCGAAUAAUUAAACUGUCUAUUAGUAGUGGUCCAAGUAUCAUAAUGAGGUGUUGCUGUAGAAACCAUAAGGUAUUAGAAAGACUCAACAGUUUGCUUAUUGUUGUUCAUCAGCAUCACAUGAGCACUGGAUCACAUGCAGGGAUGUGUCGUGUGGUCUCAUGGGCCUGGGGACACUUUUAAGUUCCUGGCUUGGGGAAAUGUGAUGUGUGUGUGUGUGUGUGUACAAAUAUAUGAUAGAACUGAAUGGAACCGGGACACAAAGACAGCAUAACAAAUUAAAGACGAUAAUUUAAAAAAAAAAAAAAAGAAGAUAUCUUGGUCAGGGUUUGGAAUCGUGACAUUUUAGGAUAGACAUGCGGAGACAGUCUUAUUAUUAAAUUUGGACCCGUAUCUUUUUCCAGGUCAUUUUCAAAAGCCCCUUUUCUAAAAGACAUGCUCCUUCUGUGUUUUUGCUUCUGCUUUCAUUUACGCCGUCUCUCUGUUCUGUUUCUCUUCCAACUCCUGUCUGUUCACUGCAUGUUCUCUUCUUAAAAAAGUUUACUUAAAAAAAGUAAAAAAUUUAUUUGAAUCAUUGUACUCCCAUGUGUGUAUAAUGCCUCAUUUAAGAUCAGGUCAGCUAAAUAAGACCACUUGCAAAAUGAGCAGAACAGCAACGUCACUUUUAUUUGUAAAUGAAAUAUGAUCAUUGUGUUAUUGUAUUGGACUAUAGUACAGUUGCUCGCGAUCUGCUAGAUUUACUGUGAGAUACUGAAAGUAUUAUGGCUUUCACUGGGCAUUACGGGUAAUGUAGUGGGUAUAUAGUGAAUGAAGUCCCUCCCAAAGUUCUUCCUGCGUCAUUGUAGAGAAAUCGUGUAAUGGUAGUAGAUCCACCUUCGUGGGACAGAACCGGUCUGGUAUCUCCGUCGCACCCGAGCCGUGUUGUUGGCGGCUGUGUGAGAGAUGACAUAACACGGGCGUGGCCCUGAGAAACGUCCUCCGAGUGAACAGGGCAACAUCAGAAAGCACUUUCCGGAAUGGACUCAGAGCACGUUAAUGACAGUGAAGCUGUAAAGGUGUUUGAUCUGAACUCUGCAUCAUUUCUUUCUGCAUUUUAUGGAUUGAUGUAAACAAGCAGAGAACAAGAGGAAUAUGUGUGUGUAGAGAGAGGAGAGGAGGAAAUGGAGGAAGUGACCAUGGCGUGUCUGUUACCACACUAAUGAAAGGAAGACGUCUUCGCUGCAAAACAGCCAACCCAUCACACCAGUCACAUGACCAUGAAGAAGAGAAAGAGGAAGAUUACCUCUCUUCCUCCUCAUGUCCAUUAUGUGGGAGUGUCUUUGACAUGCCCCUCCUUUUGCCCUGUGCACACACUCUUUGUGGGCGGUGCUUAACAGAGAAGGCAAGGUUAGAUAAACACAGGUCUGCACUGCGAACUGCCUCGCAGAUGUCUCGUACGAUCUGUGCCGUCCUCUGCCCACGGUGUUGCCAUGCUGUUGAACUGCCUUGUUCUGAUUGGUCGACUGCUACUGCAUGUCUGCCGCUUGACCCCACAGUGACCUUUGACUCAGGAUGUGAUGCAAAAGAGGAGGAUGAGAAUGAGGAAGGGAUCAGGGAGAAAACAGCAGUUUCACCUGUGGGAGGAGACGUGGAUCUGUCCGAGGAGGAAAUGAAACGUUCCGUCUCAGGUCUACACUUUGCUCUAGACUCCUCCUCCAUAGCCCCGCCCCUCCAGCUCACUAACUCCACCCUCACGGUCACCUUCAGGGACUCUGCCUCUCAGGUCAGGGCUCGUGACUGUGCAUCUCUCCCUCAGGUGUGUGCUGAUGUGGAGAUCCUCAGGGGUCAGUACUACUGGGAGGUGGAUGUGUGCAACAGCGCCCUCUACCGCAUCGGUGUGAGGUCACUGGCUGGUAGUGGUGAAGCGUGGUGGUUUGAGAGGCGUGGCUCUGGAUUCCAUGCUGUGUUUGAUGGUCGCCACGAGCUCCUUCCCUCAGUCCCACCACAGCUUAAAACAGUGGGUGUGUUCUUAAAUGUGGGCGGGGCUUCCCUCACCUUCCACAACCCAUUAACUGAAGAACUUCUUGCCGCGAUCCCAUCCAUCUUCACUGCUCCUCUUUGCCCUGCAUUUCAACUGGGGCAGGGAAGGCUGAAGCUCCGCCCAGGGCUGCCUCCCCCCAACCAUGUCUUUCUGAGCCGCAACUCUGCCUAUCGGGGUCCGGAAGGGGCAGGACGUGGACCCUGGAGGCGGGAUGUUGCGUUUGGGUCAGUGAGGGCUGUGAUACAGAAGUUUGAAGAAAUGACUGCUUCGGAUUCCGAUUCAGGCCUGACGUCUAGCUGUAGCUCCACCUCCACGCUGACAUCCACCCCUGACCCGAGUCCAGAAACUUCUGCUCAUCAUCCUUUGCAAGAACACUAAGGCAUCCAGGAGUGCCAUCUACUGGCUUUUGAUGAUCUGGACAAGAUAAUUUCAAAACAGUUCUGAUUCACUGCAUUAAAACAAUGUUAACACUUGCACCUUCAUAGCCUAACUAACUGAUCAGUCACAGGUGAGUUAACUGAACCAGAGGGCAGCUGAUACUCUGUAGAUGGAGACUGAAACAUGCUACAGACUGAAAUCUCACCCAUGGGCUGUUCCAGGUUGACCCGAGGUCUGGCGAUUUCACUGACAGGCUCAAAGUGUCUGAUGAUCCACAUUCACUCCGGAGAAGCAGAAAAUUAGCCUCAUGUGAGCUGUGACCUGAGUAAAUGACUGUUAAAGUGCUGACAUGAAUUGAUUGGAAACAAGUGUGGAAAUUAUUUUCUGUGUAAACACAAACUUCAGGAGGUGUGUGUGUGUGUGUGUGUGUGUGUGUGGAGCCAUACACCAACAAAAACAAAAAUACCUGAUAAUUUUUACCUCAUGGGGACAUUUGCUCAUCUACUCCCCAUGUUUUUUUGCAACUGUAAAUUUUGCUUACAGUUUUAAAAAGCUUAACAUUCUUUUUGUUAGAGAGAGAGAGAGAGAGAGAGAGAGAGAGAGGGAGAGGGAGAGAGAGAGAGAGGGAGAGGGAGAGUGCAUGUUUGUGUCUGCAUUUGUGUGAGUGUAUUUGUGAGUGUGUGUGUUCGUGUGUAUGUAUGUGUUUGUGUGUGCCUAUGUGUGUGUGUUUGUCUGUGUGUGCAUGUGUGUGUAUGUUUGUGCAUGUUUGUGUGUGUUUGUGUGUAUGUGUGCGUGUGUGUGUGUGUGUGUGCGCGUGUCUGUGUGUGUUUGUGUGUAUGUAUGUGUGUGUGUGUAUUUGUGUGCAUGUGUGUGUUUGUGUGUGUGCAUGUGUGUUUGUGUGUGUAUAUGUGUGUGUGUGUGUAUUUGUGUGCAUGUGUGUGUUUGUGUGUGUGCAUGUGUGUUUGUGUGUGUAUAUGUGCGUGUGUGUGUGCUGCUCAAUUAAUAUUUUUAGUGUUGGAUGGACAUAUGGCACACUCAUUCAGCUGAUUGUUUUUAUUUGGUUCCAGAGAAACAGGAUGUUUCAGUCACUCAGAGUCACUGUUUAGAAGCGAGAAACUCAGAGAGAGUGUUUGAAGUUUUGGUGCUGGCAUGUGGAAAUGAUUUACGGUGAUCUGACGACAGCGACGUUACACACAUUCAUUCGUUUUAUUUCCUUAAUCUGUUCCAAGACAGCUUAUCAUAACCUAUUACUGAACUGCAUAUACACUUAGUCACUGUGUGUGUGUGUGUGUGUGACUUGAUGUCUGGACUUGAUAAACACCUCAUGGCGUCAAUUGUGGUGUGUGAGAGAGCGGUUAUGUGUGUGUUUGUCAUACUCUAACCAUUUCCAAACUCUCAGCCUCGUUUAUCUUUAUCUUUCAAUAAAGUUGUGUGUAAAUGUUUUUGUGGCCAAACUGAACUAAAAAUUCUUGAGAUUUAUUUUUUCUUCAUGCACAUGUAAACGCCAAUCAUCUAUAAAUGAUGACGCAUGUCCACAGCGAAGCUUAAUCACAUUAGCCACACCCACAAAACUCCAUGAAAGGCAAAGCUGACAGAGAAUUGAAGACAAAACUGUGAGUAUACUUUUUCUUUGUUUAUAGGGUGCCAUUGCUUUGGUCCUUUGCGUUCAUUCAUGGAAUUGUUGGGAAUUAAAUUUAUUCACAUCCGGCGUGAUUGAUGGGGUGCUAUUUUAUCCCACAUGGUCAUGGAGCUGCUUCAGCAUGUUCAGUGUGUGUUCCCUUCAGAGUUUAGGCCACACACACAACCUGAGUCUGUAGUUGGUGUGGAACGACAGCAAACUGAUAAAAUGAUUUAGAUUCAUAACUUUUUUUUCUUGUCUCUGUGAGUUUUACAACAACUCACAACUGAUUUCAAAGAAAAUUCUGUAGAAUAUUUGAUUUAGAAUUUUAAAGUUGAAUCAUUCAUUUUAAAAUACUGCAUGUGGCUGGAUGUUUUAUGUCUGGAUUCCAUGCUGUGUUUAAAUGAUUUAUUUAUCUUCACCUGAUUUUUACAAAUGAAUCAUUCUUUUUUUGUGUUAAUUUACACAUUUGAUAAUAUAUUAUUCAGUUGAGUUUGUGUCUAAUUUCAGAGCAUGACAGUGAAAUCAUUUCAGACAAAUAUUGUGAUAUUUUGCCAGACUCCAUGUUCACCUGUGAGUCCAUAGAUAACCAGUGAG